CGGCCAGGGUUUUAAGAAUGCAACCCUCUUCAAGUCUUGAUACAUCAUCCCCUGAUUCCCUGUCCAAUUAGAGGAACUUCGAGAAGAGGCGGCGAAAAGGGAGCUGAAAGGAAUGGAGAACGGCGGCAGCAAAGGCGACGUCCCGGAGGACGCCAACGCGCAUUGCCCUGGAACGCAGUCGGAGGAGGCAGGUAAAGCGGAUUCAUGCGCUGGAUGUCCUAACCAGCAGAUUUGCGCCACUGCCCCCAAGGGCCCUGAUCCCGACUUGGUUGCAAUUGCUGAGAGGAUGGCUACUGUGAAACACAAGAUACUUGUUUUGUCAGGAAAAGGAGGUGUUGGAAAGAGCACAUUUUCAGCCCAGCUCUCAUUUGCCCUAGCUGAAAUGGACCAUCAGGUUGGCCUUCUCGACAUAGAUAUUUGUGGCCCUAGCAUCCCUAAAAUGUUAGGCCUUGAAGGUCAGGAUAUUCAUCAGAGCAACCUUGGCUGGUCGCCAAUCUAUGUUGAGUCCAACCUUGGCGUCAUGUCGAUUGGUUUCAUGCUGCCUAACCCAGACGAUGCUGUCAUAUGGAGGGGUCCCCGCAAGAAUGGAUUGAUCAAACAGUUUCUGAAGGAUGUUGACUGGGGGGAGAUUGAUUAUCUUAUAGUGGAUGCUCCUCCUGGAACAUCGGACGAACACAUAUCAAUUGUCCAGUAUCUACAGGCCACUGGAGUUGAUGGUGCGAUAAUUGUCACGACUCCACAGCAGGUCUCUCUAAUUGACGUGAGGAAGGAAAUAAACUUCUGCAAGAAGGUUGGUGUGCCGGUCUUAGGCGUUGUGGAGAAUAUGAGUGGCUUGAGGCAGGCAUUCUCGGAUCUCAAAUUCCUGAAGCCAGGUGCCACAGGAGAGACAGAUGCCACGGAAUGGGCGAUGAACUACAUCAGGGAGAAAGCUCCUGAGCUUUUGUCAGUCGUGGCAUGCAGCGAGGUGUUUGACAGCAGCAAGGGUGGCGCGGAGAAAAUGUGCCAUGAAAUGGGGGUGCCUUUCCUUGGCAAGGUCCCAAUGGAUCCGCAGCUGUGCAAGGCAGCCGAGGAGGGGCGGUCAUGCUUCGUUGAUCAGAGGUGCAGCGCCAGUGCACCUGCUCUCAAAAGCAUAAUCCGUAAGCUGAUCAAGACCGGGUGAGAAGAUAGUGCAAGCCUGUCGGUAAACUACAGCAGUAAACAAAUGCCAGUGAAUUCUCCUUGUACAAUUGUCCGUCGCACGUUUGAAUGUUUUAAACUCCUUUCGUAGUUUUGCGAAGCGUGUUCGGCUGUGUAUCAGUUUUGUAUUUCAGCAAUACCGAGCGGUGACGCGAUAAAUGCAGAAACCUGGUGAUGCCUGUUUUCAGAUUAAGAUCAUUUUGGUUAGUUUGGAAAUUACAAUUCUUUCCUUCUA